UUCCGCGACAGCAAAAAUCAAGAUGGCGCUCCUCUGUUUGCGGAUAGUUCUACGACGGAUAUAAAUACGUGAAAAAAAAACAGUGCAAGAAACGGUUACGAGUUAUCGAAUACAUCGUGACGAUUCGUAUAUAGGUAUUAUAGAGUGACAGUCGGUUGGGUAACGCGUCGCGAUAAUUGUAAAGCACGGUUAGCCGGGUAAGCCGCCUGCGGUAUUUGGAAGAUUGGCGGAAGGUGCUGUCGGUGCCCACCUGAGGAAUGCCAGAUUAUCCUCGGUGCAGCAACUCGUUUGGCAGGGAGAUGGUAAUCGCGUGACGGAUCGCGUGUAAGUCGAUCGAAAGUGUUUUGGUAGGUGGUCCCCCGGAAAGGUGUACGGUCGUGUUUGUUCCGUGACGUAUGUGUGUCGCGGAGGGCUGUAAGACAGGUCGGUCGCGAGUGUCGUCGUCGUCACCGUCGUCGCCGUCGUCGCUAUCGUCGUCGUGGUCCGACUCGUGUUCGUGUCUAGUGUGCCGCGAGUGGCGUUUUUCGCGGCUUCGAUGUGCUCUCGUCCUCCCCUGGAUUUCUGGACAGGCGAGAUCAGCUGCUGCUGGAACAACUAGUCCGGCGGCUCUGGGAGACGAUCCUCAUCUACAGGAGCGGUGGGGCAAGGAGGUACCGGAAGCAGCCGCGAGUCCGGAAGCAUAACGAAGAAGAUGGCCUUCAACGAGUUUACGCGAAUGCACCGUGACAACGAAUGAAAUUGAGGAUCGCUGAAAGGACGAUAAAUCGUUUGACGACCAACCGGUCGGGAAAGGAGGCCAAAAUGUUCGUCGCUAUGGUGUUGCACAAGCACAAUAAGCACAACAAUGGAAACAACUCGAAUCAUCAUUCGAGCAACAACAAUUCAACCCGCACGACCAAUAAUAUCAACAACAACCACAUCAACAAUAACGUCACCAAUCUGAAUGAGACGCUCAACACGAGGGCGAAGGUGGACCCCGAGCUGAUAUUCACGAAACAAGAACGAAUUGGGAAGGGUAGUUUCGGUGAGGUGUUCAAAGGCAUCGACAAUAGGACCCAGCAAGUUGUUGCCAUCAAGAUCAUCGAUCUCGAAGAGGCAGAGGAUGAGAUCGAAGAUAUACAGCAGGAGAUCAUGGUGCUGUCACAGUGUGACAGUCCAUACGUCACCAAGUAUUACGGGUCCUAUCUCAAGGGAACGAAACUAUGGAUUAUUAUGGAGUACUUGGGUGGCGGCUCGGCCCUGGACUUGAUGAAGGCCGGUAACUUCGAGGAAAUGCAUAUCGCGGUGAUAUUGCGUGAAGUGCUCAAAGGGCUGGACUAUCUUCACAGCGAACGAAAGCUUCAUCGCGAUAUUAAAGCUGCAAACGUUUUGUUAAGCGAAAUGGGCGACGUGAAGCUGGCCGACUUUGGUGUGGCUGGACAGUUGACCAAUACGACCAGCAAACGUAACACUUUCGUCGGAACGCCAUUCUGGAUGGCACCGGAAGUCAUCAAGCAGGCUUCGUACGAUUCGAAGGCUGACAUUUGGUCGCUAGGCAUCACGGCGAUCGAAUUGGCCAAAGGAGAACCUCCAAACAGCGAGCUGCAUCCUAUGAGGGUCCUAUUUCUCAUACCGAAGAACAAUCCGCCCCAAUUAACCGGAAAUUAUACGAAGCAAUUCAAGGAAUUCGUCGAGGCCUGUCUCAACAAGGACCCUGAAAACAGGCCAACGGCGAAAGAACUACUGAAGUUCCAGUUCAUCAGGAAGGCGAAGAAAAACUCGUACCUGAUCGACCUCAUAGACAGAUACAAAAAGUGGAAGUCGCAGCGCAGCGAGGAAUCCGAAACGGAGAGCGAAAAUUCGGACUCGGAGGAGUCGAAACAGGAUAGCGACAUGGACGAGCCAUGGAUAAUGACCGUGAAAGGUCCUCACGGGGUGAAAGGAUCCGUGGUGCCUAUGCUACCGCUCGACGAACAGCCAACCUCGUUGACCAUCACACACACGCCGAAUCACAGAUCCACGAAUCACAAUCAGCAAACGAAGCCACACGCGAACGGUGCCUCGAGAUCUCCACCGAAAGAUUCCACGUUGAAUCAUUACAGAAGCGAGUCGAGGGAUUCUGUACGCGAUGGCCAAGCGAAACACACGCCGUCCCGACCGCACGAGGCUGCGCCACCGCCGCCCGUGGACACGCGAGAAAAACGAGAAGACCGAGAUUACAGGGACUUCAAUCGGGAUUCCUCGUUGAGGGAAUUGAAGGAGAUACGUGACAGCAGAGACAGCAGGGAUAGGGAACGUGAUAGAGAAGGACGAGAAAGAGAAAGGGACAGGGAUAGGGACAGAGACAGGGAAAGGGAAUUCAGCGCGAAAGAGAAGAGGAACAGUAAACCGGAUGUACCUGUCGUACCUAUGGUGGACCAUAGGCCCGGUGAAGACAAACAGAGACCAAGGAGCUCGCAGGAACUGAAGCAUCCGCGGAGCGCCGCUCUUUCCGGUGUUGUUUUACCUCUCCUUUCCGAGCUUCAACGGAAACAUCAAUAUUCGGCAAGAGACAAUAAUGGCGAGGGCGGAAGCGGCAUUGGCAAGAACGGUGGCGCGAUAGAGGAACUACGCAGCGCGUUCGAGACAGCGGAACGCACUUCGCCAGGAAUGACCGAGGCUCUUAUCAGGGAACUCUUUAAGUCUUUACUUCCUGCCAAUCAUUCGGAAGGUUGUCUGUUUAUGCUGAUGGAAAAAGUAAUUCUAAGGGAUACGUAGGGACGCGAGAGGGCGAGGAUUCGCAAGAGAUUGUGGUCCGAAAACAUCCUAACGUUGUAACGAUUCGUUAUUUCUCGUUUAAACAGAGUUAUUAUUCCGUAUGAUGCCGGUACAUUGUUAACCGGAUCCGAGCAUGAGAGAAGAGUAGAAGAAGAACGUCGCUGCAACGACCGGCCGUUUUCUUUUCCUUCGGUCUACAGAGACUAGACUCGACAACAAAAGCUCGUUAAAUUGUAGCUUUUAUCCGAUUAUCCCGUCUCCAUGUCCAAUUCAGCGCGAAGUGCUCGUUAGAUAGAGAGAUGAAAAUAUUAUAGCGACAUUUUGCCGCACCAAAAAUUCACUCAUUUUAUGAACGAUAAUAUCGACUUUUUCCGUUCAAAGCAGAGCAGAAGAUUUAGAGAUUUAUCUACUACAGUAAAAGAAAAAAAAGCUAGAGAAAAGUAAAAAAAAAAAAAAACGAGAAGAAGAAAAUUAUACCAUCCAAUUGCCCUCGCGCGAGGG